AUGGGGUUUCGAGACUUCCUGCUGGUGUACAAUAGGAUAGCAGAAUAUUGUUUUGCACAUUGUAUAGAGAACCUGAAUGAUCGAUCCCUGAGCGACGAAGAGAUUCGCUGUGUGGAUGUUUGUUGUGGGAAGCAGGUGAACUUGAACCAUAAGUUGAUGUCUGUUUAUAUGGAAGAACAGCCCAAAAUUUUGGAGAAGAGGAUUCAGGAAGUUCAAAAACUGGAAAGUGCUCAACAGACAACCACAUGAAAGCAAUGGAGACCUCUUCUACAUCCCGUGGAUCAUUCAUUCUUCUCUUGGGAUUACCAGGUUGUGGGAAAACUACAUUUGCUGAGAAGCUGAGGACUGUGUUUGAACAGCAGCAAGGAUUGAUGCCUAUCAUCAUAUCCUUCGAUAAGUUCAUUCCAUUGGAGGAGCAAGUUGCAAUUUCUCAACUGGCUUCAGAGUCUGAUGAAAAACUUUUUAAGUCUCAAAGGGCUGCUCUGCGAAAUGGGAUCUUCCAAGCCUUGGCAGAUGAAUAUGGAAGCUCUAAGGAAGUCUCAAUAAUCAAUGAGUGUGUCAAAAAGCACAUCUUGAAGGAACUGAAGGAUGCUGACACUGCCAACAAAUUUCUUAUUCUUAUUCUUGAUGACAAUCACUACUAUCGCAGUAUGAGAUAUGAGUACUGCCAAGUUGCUCGUGAAUUUUCCUUCUCUUUUGUGCAAUUGGGACUAACAUGCAGCAUGGAAGAAGCCUUGAGGAGGAAUAGGAAUAGAAAAGAUUGCAUUGCAGAGUCUGUCAUUGAGAAAAUGGCGUUGAAGCUUGAAUCGCCAAACCCAUUGAAGCAUCAUUGGGAAAGCUUUUCCUUUCAGAUCAGCACCGAAGGAGACAAUGCUACAAGUGCAGAGGAAGUGUGGGCUCUAGUUAAGGAAGUUAUUCUAUUUCCUGUCUUGCCAAUAGAGGAUCGUUCAGAGGAGGCUGAGGAAUCUCGGAAGACCUGCUCACAAAAUAUUCUGCAUCAAAGUGAUAAUCUGCUGCGGAAGUUAGUGAGCAAUGACUUGCGCAUUGCAUCCAGGGACCAAGAUGGAGGGAAAAAAUCUGCAAUUCUAUCAGUCAGAGAACUUUCAGUAUGUCUUCAUUCCUGCAAGCAGCAGAUCCUAGAAGAUCUCAAGAAUGGGAAGAUCAAACUUCCAGAUGAUGUUGUCAGUAACUUGCAAGAAGGGGGAGAUGUUCAUGAUAAGCUCUCUCACAUUCUCAGUGAGGAACUCUUGUCAAGAAAGGAGACACUGAAACCCAAGGAAUCUAGUUGAUAUACACCUGGAAAGAGAUUUUUUCUGUUUCUUCCAUUAAUUUAGUUGUACUUCUUGAGUAAAAUCAUGUCUGAGUUUGGCAGCAGAAUGCAACUACCUUUGUUCAUGUGCAUUUGGUUUCACUCUGAUGUGCUUGAAAAUCAUCUUUGUUAAAAGAGACAGGAAGAAUAUAUUGAAAAUUCAG